UGUUUCUGGGGUCCUAUAUCAAGUAAACCAUAACGUAAAUGGGUUGAACUAAAACUAUCCAAACUGAAACUAUUUUACAGUUUUAUACACUGUAAUCUCGCAUAUCUAAACAACAAGAUAACGACAUUUAAAUAAUUCGAGAUUAUAAAAAAUAAAACUCCUGCCAAACUGUCUAAAAUAUAGAAGAAAUGUGAUUUAAAGAUGUAGAAAUUUUUUUUGCGAAUUGCUGCCCCUUGUGGCCAUAAUUCUAACUUCGUGUUUCGGAACAGGCGGGCGUUAGGACCAUGAGGAGAAGCAGGAAGCUGUAGUCGGUGGACAAACUGUCAUGGCGGACCAAAACAAGACAGGGGGCGCAGAGAACUUCUACAAUGAAAUAUUAAGUCCAUGCGAGCUGUUUGCAGCCCGCUCCAGAAGCCAUAAGAUUCCCGCCCGAGGACAGAAGGACUUCUAUCCGGACGACUCGGAGGAGCAAAGACAGCGGCUGCAGCAGAGCUUGGAUGAACACUGGAAUCUCAUAGCAGAGGAGAGGGUGGAGAGACUGGGGAACCUGGUGAAAGCCACAUGGGUUCCAAGUGACCAGAUUGUGGAGCUUCAGACUCCUGCUGGCAAGUUUUGGCAGACGAUGGGUUUUUCUGCAGAAGGGAAGCAGUAUCUCCUCCCUGAAGAGGCUCUCUACCUGAUGGAGUGUGGCAACCUACUGGUGUUUCAUCAGGACCUGCCGCUGUCCAUCCAGGACGGCUACGAGAUGUUUCUGUCUUCAGACGCCAUGAGCCUGCAGCAGUAUCAGGUGUUUGGGCAUCUGAAGAGGCUCGGAUACGUGGUGCACAGAUUUGAUCCCAGCUCUGAGCCGUCGUCCUACGUGAGGCAGCUGAACCUGCCUCAGUCACGGGAGCGAGGGGGGAGACAGCUGAAGAGGAAACGCAGCCCCAGCCCGACACCAACAUGCAGUCAUACUAAGACACCAGGAGAGUCCCUGGCUGAGAAAAUGGAGGAUGAUGAUAAACUACCAGAGUCUCACCUGAUGACCUCUGCAGAGCCUCCUGAGCCUCAAACUGCCUCCCCGCACUCUGCAGCCAAAGGCCAGGCCAGGACCUGGUGGAUGAUGGAUGCUCCAGAGCUGGAGGCGGACAAAAGAUCGUCCCCUGGUUCUCCAUCUGGUCGCUUACGCUGGAACUUCAGCACCAUCCCAUUCCCAGACCUGGGCUCCACCAGCCGGCCCCGCUGCAUGGUACCUGUGGACACUUCGCUGCUUCCCAGGGAUGUAACGGUUGGAGUCUGUGAUUUGGACUCCUGGAUGCGGAAAAUAAACCUGCGGAAGGUGAAAAUGUCUGUGAAGGAGCAACAGAGGGAGAAACACAGACGGCGGUGGGAUGUAAACAAAGACAGAGAGGUUCAAAGGUGCAGAAACUGGGCGGAGUACCAUGAGUUGCUGGCCCGGCGGCAGGCGAAGCGGCAAGGCCGACCAGCUCACUUGUGGAACAGGGAAGUUAAACCUUUACACGACCCAACUCAGCCAAUCUCCACCGCUGAGCUGCUGGAGAAAAUCAGUGUAGUUAAAUCUACCAAUCUGCUGGAGGGAGCGUCCAGGUUAAAAUGUUCGGAGGAGUGGAGGAUAUGUUUCAAUGUUUACCAGCCGGAUUCAGUGGCUGACUUCAAAAAGAGCAACCCUGGCAAACCGUACUCCCGCAUGUGUGUCUGCAGUUUUGACGGUCCUGUCCCUGAUCUGCGAGUCAUCAAGCAGUUGGCCUUUCAGAGCGGCAACGUUCCCAUCGUUUACGCCGUCGUGGACUACGGAGACAUUUCCUUCUACACCUUCAAGGACUUUCAGCUGCCCAGGGACGUGUACGCCUGAGAUUCAUCUGCCCAAAACUUUUUAACCCAGUUUGAUCUUCUGGAUGAGCUACAUAUGAAAAAAUACUUUCUGAAGGGGGCAGUUUUCACAUAAAAGCAGUUCCAGUCUGUUUAUCUGUUUCUUUUAUUUUCCCCCUUGCUCUGGCUUAUAGUUUCUGCCACCAGAUCAUUUUUAUCAUAAGAAUAACCAUUUUCUAAAAUAAAUCUUUGUGGUUUAUCAA